CUCACACGAUGACCGGCACACGACGGUGUCAAGUUGACACUGUCAACGUCAGCACUUGAAGUUGGUUUUAUUCCAGACCCCUGUUUUAAACACAUCUUCACUUGGUCUUUGUAUUGCGCAGUCAGCGAUCAUUCGCUAACUUGCCUCACGUCGGGCUCAAGUCGCUGUUCAGCCUUUCAAGAUCAUGCGUGUGCCUACGUCGUUGCGCCCACUAACCACUCACGCCCGCGCACUAAGUUCCGCCGCGGGUACUCAGCAGCCUGGAUGGUUCAACCGCAUGCUACUCACCAACGAGUACAACUUGCCGCGCUUGCCAGUCCCUCAACUUGAGGAGACUGUGCAGCGCUACCUGGAGAGUGUGCGGCCAUUGGUGAGUGCCAAGGAAUGGGAGGCGCACGCUGAGCUAGCCAAGGCCUUCAAGGACGCCGAGGGACGCCAGCUGCAGGAAAUGCUGCUGAAGCGUGAGCUCAAACAGGCCAUGGGUCGUGCUUACCCUUUUAGCUACAUCGAGGAAGACUGGGACAAGAUGUACCUCGGUGGCCGCUACCAGAGUCCUAUCAACGUGAACCCAUCCUAUGGUCUGCUGGACGAGACGGACGGUAAUCUUGAGGGCAUGGUCCCUCGCAGCGCCGCGUUCGUGCGCUCCAUGGUCAAGUGGUGGACCAAGGUCAAGAACAGCGAGCUGGAGCAGGACAAGAACCAGUGUAUGGCUGGCUUUGCGCGUCAGUUCGGCACGGCCAAAGUUCCCAAAAAAGACAUCGACGUGCUGACCUCACACCCGCGCGCAACGCACAUUGUGGUCAUGACGGGCAACAAGUACUUCAAGCUGGACGUGCUCAGCCCCGAUGGCAAGCAGUCGCUGUCCCAGAAGCAACUUGAGGCGCAAUUGGACUCGAUCCUAAACUCGGCAUCCAAAGGCGACCACGACGACUUGGAUCUGUCCACACUCACGGCUGAGGAGCGCGACACUUGGGCACAGAUUCGUGACGACCUAGUGGCCCACCACCCGGUGAAUGCUGAGACGCUGGAAGUGAUCGACUCGGCGCUGUUCAUGCUGGUACUGGAGGAUCGCAACCCCUCUGACAUGAAGCAGCGCAUGCAGUUGUCGCUGCACGGUCAGGGAUCGCGCCGCUGGUUUGACAAGCUACAGGUGAUGGUUCAGCCCGAUGGCCACUUGACGGUCAACUUCGAGCACUCGUUCUCGGAUGGAACGGUCUGGAACCGCUGGCUGCACGAAUGCUGGCACGAUAUGCGUGGUUCUGACUCUGGAUUCGCCCCACUCGAGGAGUUGCCGGAGUAUACUGGUGCCACCAAGCCUGAAAAGCUCAGCUGGAAGCUGUCGAACAAUCUGGUUGAAGAUAUCAAGAAGGCCGAGAGUCACUUUGCUGACUUUUCUGGCAACCUGAACUCGGAGUACUUGGUAUACAAGAACUUCGCGAAGAACAACUGCAAGCAGUGGAAGCUCAGCCCGGAUGGUAUCGCGCAAAUGGCUCUUCAACUCGCGUUUUACCGCGCGCACGGCAAGAUCGCGCCUACCUACGAGUCGUGCUCAACGCGCAAUUUCCACCAUGGACGCACGGAGACAAUUCGCUCGGCGACUCCUGCUGCUGAAGCCUUUGUCAAGGGCGUGGAGAAUGGCGUCGCUAUGGAUACGCAACGUGAACUGCUGGUGACGGCAGUUAACCGUCACGUGGAGAUGGCCAAGAUGGCGCAGAAGGGAUUGGGCGUCGAUCGCCACUUGACUGCGUUGAAUUCGAUUGCCAACCAGAAUGGAAUUUCCAGCGACUUCUUGGCAAGCCCCGUGCGAGCCGAAAGCACCAACUUCCUCAUCUCUUCGAGCAACGUGACGACGCCGUUCUUGCAGUAUUUCUCGUUUGGUGCUGUCGUUCCUCACGGGUAUGGCGUGGGUUAUUUGCUCCAUGGCAAGAGCAUCAACGUAAGUCUCACGAACUACAAGGACAGCGGUGUCUCGGAUGGCAAGAAGUUCAAAAAGGCACUGGAAAGCUCGCUCGACACCAUCAAGGCUCUUGCGGACAGUCCCGCCCCGUAAAUGAGAGCGAACGCUCAGUAAAUUGACGGGAUGAAGCUCUUAGCAGCGAUGCAAAUAUAAGAUAAUGUCAUCAUGUUGCGGUUCUAAGUGUUUUGUAAGUAUCGAAUAAAUGGGUAAACGAUUUACUAUGUACUGUAGUAUUUCAAGUACUAUA